UCUGCGGUCGGUAUGUCUGACCGCCAGAAGAUCCACGUGUUCCUGGGGGCUCCUCCCCCGACCCGCGGCCCAGCAUCAGGGCCUCCAGCUGGGGGAGGGGAGGAGCGGAGACCCCCUGCUGACUGGAGACCCCCUGCUGACUGGAGACCCCCUGCUGACUGGGGACACCUGGAGCUCCGCUGGCAGGACGGACACCUGAAGGCAGCACCAGACGUGACAGGAUGUCGUCUGCCUGAGGAAGCGAUCGUCCCGGAGAGCGUAGAACCUUUUACUUUACGGAGCGAUGAGACGGAUCAGGAUCACAGGAAGCCUGAAUCUGAUUGGACGACAGAGGAAGACCCCCGACAGGAAGUCCAGUGUUCGGCUUUGGUUCUGGAGUAUCUGGACAGCUGUUUCUCUGCACACCGCUCCCCCCCGACUCCUCUCUCCACACACACUCACUUCCUGUCCACCUGGACGCUCAGUCAGGCCUUAAUCCUGAAGGGCAGACACGCCGUCCAAUCAGCAUCCAGUCCUGAGAGAACUCUGCCUCCUCAAGCCCCGUCUGAAAAUGUGUCACUUCAAGCUCCGCCUCUUCAAACCCUAGCCCCUCAAAUACUGCCUCCUCAAACUCCGCCUCGUCAAACCCUGUCUACUCAAACUUUGUCACCUCAAGCUCCGCCUCUUCAGACCCUAUCCCGUGAAAUACGCCAUUCCCAAACCCCGCCUCCUCAACUUCUGCCCCCUCAAAUACCCCAUUCACAAACUCCGCCUCCUCUAUCUCAAGCCCCGCCUCUUCAAACCCCGCCUCCUCAAGCCACGCCUCCCUCUAUGUCCUCCAGCACCCCGGAGCUCUUCAGCCCUUUGAGUUUGUCUCCUAUAGCGUCUUCCCUGGAGCUCUUUACCGCUCCCUGCUGGACGGAGGGUGCUGUAGUGGUGGAGGAGUGUGGUGUAGUGGUUGAGGUAACCCCCGACGGCGUGCUGAUGUCCCAGAAUGCUGAGCGGCGAGACUCCCCCUCCAAAUCCCCGGACAAAAAGAGAGCUCUGAUCUCAGAAACCCCCAAAUCCCGAGGCGGUCCCACCCUCCUGAACCAGUGUGCCCUUCAGGGGGGUCGCUACUCGGUACUGGUGGCCGUGGUGCACCCCUCCCACCUGAAGGAGAUCAAGGUGAGGUCGGGGGCCUGCGUUCCUCUGGCCUCCAUCGUGGUGACAGAUCAAUCAGGAGUGGAGAUGAAGGUGGUGCUGUGGAGGAGGGCGGCUUUCUGGGCGCUGACCGUCACUCCGGGAGAAAUCCUGCUCAUCACAGGUAAACAAACACACAGGUAA